CUCUUUCGCUCGGGGCAGCCGCACCCAAAGCUCUGCAGGGCCGGGCAGCGGGUCCCGAGCGCCGGAGCCUCCGUGGGAUUCGCGGUGCCCUCCCCGGGGUGAGGAAGGUGCGGCCUGGGGUCCACGGGGAGGGAGGAGGAGGCUCAGGACGUCCCGCUGAACCCUCGGGUUUCCUGGGCUCCCUCCCGGCUCGGUCCCAGUUUCGCUUUCGGCUGCGGCUCCGCCGCGGCCCGAGGGGUCCCGGGGGUGGUCCCGGGGGUGGCUCCGGGAGCGCUCGCGGGUCUCGGUGCGCUAUCCCCAGCUCUGCACCACCAUGGACUUGCUCCCCCCCAGCUCUACUCUGGUGCCACUGCUGCUUCUUCUGGCCAUGUCCACUCCCAGCAGCUGCUGCUCCUUCGGCUUUAACCCCGUCAGCAGCACCUUCAGCACCCACCUGAACAACCUGACCCCCUGGCUGCUCCUCGACUACCCUGUGGCGAUGCCCAGCAACCUGGAGCCAGACAGCAGCUGCUCUGAUCUCUGGGGCCUUCACUUCGGGGCACUGGCUCUGCAGCGAAUGUUAGGGGUGGCAGGGAAGGAUUUGGCACCCCUGCUCAGGAACCUCCUUGCCCAGCUCCACUUUGUGGCUGAGUGUCACAUCCAGGACCCCCAGGGCUGUGUCCGGCUGGAGACGGUGAAUGUGUCGCAGCUACUGGAGACCCUGGCGGAGCACCUGGGGGGGCUGCAAGGGAGACCCCCCCACUUCCCUGGCUGCGCCCGCUUGCGCUGCCACCCAGGUACCCCCGCGGGACCCCUGAGAGACCCUUGUAAGCUCCCCAGGGCAGCCGCUGACCACUAUCUCCCCCCAGGCCCGACACUGACCAGCCCAGCAGUGCGGCACGAGGGGACCUUCGGGGCCAGGCAGGGACCCCCCAGCCCUGCUGGACAUGGGCUGGUGCUGCUGGGGGGAGUUGGGGGGGCCCUGGGCCUGGCAGCAGCAGCCUGGGUGCUGUGGAGGAGACCCUGUGCCCAGCUCUCACAGGGACCCCCGACAUCGGAGCAGGAUGGGACCUGAGCGGCUGAGCAGUACUUGGGGACAAACACAGGCCUGAGCCACUGGUGAGAGAUAGGGACCCCCCAGUUCCCUGCUGGAAGCCCUUGGGGGCUACACCGGGAUCUCCUGGAGCCAUGGAGAGAUGAGAGGGCCCAGCCUGGCCCCCUGCAGUGCCCAUAAAGCUGAUGUUGACACCUGGACUCUGACCCUGCUCUGGGA